AUGGGCCGUCAAGCCUACCUGGCGAAACUCGCUUUCGUUUGUCUCUCCCGCACCAGUCGCUGCGUAUACACGGUGCUAACAAGUAUACAGGGACGUUCGGCAUUCGAGCCUACACAGGAGAUUGUGCAGUCCGACGAUUACAUCCAACUUGAUUCCCCUCAGGCACAUCUUCCUCAGGCAUACCAGGAUUUCAACGGCAACAACUACCUCCAACUGUACGAUGAACGCGGCAAUCCCAUCAACCCACGCUCUCGCGAAUAUGGAAAGAAGUUCAGAAAUGCCCAAAACGAUGUGCUCGCUGCCGUUGGAGUCGUCGAGAGGCGACAGUCGCCAGACGAUGGUCUUCCUGGCUCUUAUGAAGAGCGGCUAGACGAGCUGGAUGUCGAGGACACCGUCGGCCUCGUGCUCGGAGCGACUUUCACCCUCUCCCAGAACCUAUGCACUUGGUGGAUAGGUACCAUUCGAGAUAGAAUCCUAGUAAGUCUUGAUUGUCUGAAGAAAAGACAACUCAUUAAUCAAUUUAGACCUUCCGAUUUCACGAUGCCAUGCCAUUCGCACAGUUAG